ACACAAUGGGAGCUAGUCCGGUGGUGGGAUGUUCUAGACUCCACAUCCUGAUCCCACAUCCUAAUACCACAUCCCGAGGGAGUGCGGAAUGAGCUCCUGCACUCGCACUGCCAGGAGGACCAAGGUGGAGCUCUGGGGGAGGACAGAGGUUGCUUCAGCCACCAUCCUUGAAGAGUGGAAGAAAAUUUGGGAUGCAGUGGCUGACUUCAUCCUGGAACAGCUCCUGCUGCGGAAGAAGGGGGUGUGGAUCCCAACCCUCGGUGCCCUGGAUGUGGUUCCCUGGCGGGUGCAGGUUGGAGACGUGGAGGUGACAACAUGGAAGCCAAUUUUUUGCCUGGCCAGGAAUUUGGUCCAGAGCCACAAUUUGAUGGAUGACUGGGAAUUCUGGCCUGGGAACCUGGAUUCACUCCGGACGUUUGCAGUGGCAGCAGUGCUGGGACUGCCCCGGCGCAGGGUGGAGGGUGCCCUCCAGGCCACUAUGUCCCUCCUGUCGCGGUGCUUGGGGACAGGUGAAGACGUGGCCCUGGUCCUGGGGGACAUUGGAGUCCUGCUGGUGGAGCGGCGCAAGGUCCGGAUGAGGUUCUACCACGACUUCCUGGAGGCAGUGGCCGGGAAGGAGAACCUGGAAAACGGCGUCUUCAAGAUCCAGGAGCUCCUGGACAUGGUGGUGCCUCGGGGAGUCCCUGUGGCUGCUCUGACCUCAUUUGGCUCCAUCAUCAUCUUCCCUGAAUUCGAGAGGGAAAUGGUCCAGGCACCACUUUCAAGGGUGCGGCUGCUACAGAGCCUUCAGAACCUCCCCAAGGAGACCCCACGUCCCAGGGGUGAUCUGGGACCACAGAUCAGGAAAGAAGGGAAAGGCAGGAAAACUGGGAGAGGCAGAGAAGUUCCAAAGACAGUUUCUGGACUAUCAGGAAGAGAGGAAAAAUCUGAGGAAGAGAUUCCAGAAAAACAGAAAACCCAGAGGAGGAAGGGGAAGGAGAAGAAGUCAGAAACAAAGCUGGGGAAGAAGGAAAAAGAAUCAGGGAAGUCAGAAACCAAAGUGGGGAAAAAGAAGUCAGAAACUGAAUUGGAGAGGAAGGAAAAACUGGGAAAGUCAGAAACUCAAUUGGAGAAAAAGAAUUCAGAAACUGAAUUGGGGAGGAAGGAGAAAUCAGGAAUGUUGGAAACUGAACUGGGGAAAAAGGAGAAGUCAGGAAAGUUCGAAUCCGAAGGGAUGAAGGAAAAGCUGGAAAAGUCAGAAAAACCAGGAAAGUUAGAAAAGUCAGAAAUGUCGGGAAAGUCAGAAAAGGUGGGAAAGUCAGAAAUGUCGGGAAAGUCGGAAAACUCAGGAAAGUUGGAAAAGUCGGAAAAGUUUGAAAAGUUGGAAAAGUCGGAAAAGUUUGAAAAGUUGGAAAAGUCAGAAAAGUCAGGAAAGUUGGAAAAGUCAGAAAAGUUGGAAAAGUCGGAAAAGUUGGAAAAGUCGGAAAAGUUUGAAAAGUUGGAAAAGUCAGAAAAGUCAGGAAAGUUGGAAAAGUCAGAAAAGUUGGAAAAGUCAGAAACGUUGGAAAAGUCGGAAAAGCUGGAAAAGUCAGAAAUGUCAGGAAAGUCAGAAAACGUGGGAAAGUCAGAAAUGUCAGGAAAGUCCAAAUCCGAAGGGAUGAAGGAAAAGCUGGAAAAGUCAGAAAAAUCAGGAAAGUCAGAAAAGUCAGAAAUGUCGGGAAAGUCAGAAAAGGUGGGAAAGUCAGAAAUGUCGGGAAAGUCAGAGAAAUCAGAAAAGUUGGGAAAGUUGGGAAAGUCAGAAAAGUCGGGAAAGUCUGAAAAGUCGGAAAAGCUGGAAAAGUCAGAAAAGUCAGGCAAGUUGGAAAAGUUGGAAAAGUUGGGAAAGUCUGAAAAGUCAGAAAAGUCAGAAAUGUUGGGAAAGUCAGAAAAGGUGGGAAAGUCAGAAAUGUCGGGAAAGUCUGAAAAGUCGGAAAAGCUGGAAAAGUCAGAAAAGUCAGGCAAGUUGGAAAAGUUGGGAAAGUCUGAAAAGUCAGAAAAGUCAGAAAUGUUGGGAAAGUCAGAAAAGGUGGGAAAGUCAGAAAUGUCGGGAAAGUCAGAAAUGUCAGAAAAGUCAGAGAAAUCAGAAAAGCUGGGAAAGUUGGGAAAGUCAGAAAAGUUGGAAAAGUCAGAAAAGUCAGAAAAGACAGUAAUGUCAGGAAAGUCAGGAAAGUCAGAAAAGUCAGAAAUGCCGGGAAAGUCAGAAAAGGUGGGAAAGUCAGAAAUGUCGAAAAAGUUGGAAAAAUCAGAAAUGUCGGGAAAGUCAGAAAAGUCGGGAAAGUUAGGAAAGUCAGAAAAGUCAGAAAUGUUGGGAAAGUCAGAAAAGCUGGAAAAGCCAGAAAAGUUGGAAAAGUUGGAAAAGUCGGAAAUGUCUGAAAAGUUGGAAAAAUUGGAAACCGAGGGGAGGAAGAAGAAGUUGGAAAAGUCCCCAAACAAGUGAGGCUGAGGGCUUGGGGACAACCUGGUGCUCCCCAGCCCAGGAUGACCUUUCCCAUUGGAUCCUUCCAGGGAUCAUCCUGAGACUCCAAAGGCCGGACAGCGCCGGGACCGCUCCAGGCGCCGGUGCCAGAUGCAAAGGGCCAAAACUCCACGCUCCAGGGGAGGAAGAGCAGAAGGAGACAGGAAAGAGAUGAAGAGGAAGGAGAAAUCCAAGCGGAUCCAUCUUUGGGAUCCCUGGAUCUUCCAAACACCAGUGAUCGCAGUGCUGUCAGUGUCCAGCUCUGGCUCCAGCAUUCCUGAGGAUCCCAACUCCAAGGAGCCCCUGCCCAGCCCUGUGAAGCCAAUCAGGACAUGCAACGAAAACUUCUGGCCAGUGCUGAAGGUGUCUCUGGAGUAGCUGGGAAUCUCUGGGAAUCUCCAGGAACCAUCAAUAAAUGCGUCUGGUUUGGGAUGGUUG